AUGCCUAGCUCUGCCACGGAGGUUCAACAUGACGCUACUUCUCCCUUUUCCCGCUCCGCCAGCUAUAACCACCUGCCUGCACGGGAUUCCAACGUAAACCAAGUGGAUGUGAAAAGGCCUUUUUCAGAGACGAAUCUACUGCAGUCAUCCGAGAAGCAAGUGAAGGCGGAUCAGGGUAGCUUUAGAACUGGCAGGAAAGUUCUACGCCACGCUUCUAUCCGCUUAGCAAAUGGUAAACCAAAGGCAAAGGAGGUUAUAACUUCAUCUUUAGAUGGAGAUGACCAAGGCCCAACACAAUUGUCAUCUCACAAAGUCACUGAGAAGUCCUUGCCAAUUGAACGGCCUUCCAAAUCACGCUCCGUGUCAAGCACAAUUGCGACCUUAGCUCGCAAGCCAUGGAUCUCCUCACGGUCUCCUUCUCCUUCAACACCCAGUGAAGUAAGAAGCAAGGGUGGAGCUUCUGCCAAUACAAUUGGCAAUGGCACUUUAGGAAAAGACCCACAUAUAAAUACAGAGCAUGCGUCUACCCAAGGGGUCUCCAUUCGGGAUAUGCAUCGGCGAAGGAGUGUUCUCGUCAAAGGCAGCUGGAUAUCGGAAACCCCUGGAACCAAGCUAAAAUCUGAUGAUCCUGCCAGCUCCCAAAAACAUCCGCCCAUUCCCUCGCUACGCGGGAGAGCUUCAUCGGACAGGCUCUUCGCCUCUUCCGCAGGGCCAAAUGAAUAUAUUCCUUCUGUCCCAAGGAGGCGUACUGGCCAAUUGCCCCAACUCAAUGUAAACCCGCCGCAAAAGAAGGACGAGCUUUGGUCCGUCUUUAGGGGUAUCGAUGCUGACUACCAAAAUUCUCUCAAGGCCAACGUCCUUCGCUCAUCCCUGCUUCCCUUUCUUUCACGCUACGCCAAUCACCAAUCCAUCCAAUUUCUCCGACCUGAAGACCUCGAUAGACGUAUAAAUAUCUUGAAUAAAUGGUGGACGGGACUCCUCGAGGUCCUCAAUGGGAGAACUAGCCAGUCUUUAAGCGGAGUCGAUAGACCAGUAUUUUUAGAAGCCAUUGUUGGCAUCAUGAUCAGGCCAGAAUGGCGUAUUCCAACCUUACAUACAUCAUCAUCAUCAUCUUCUACACUUACGGCUCUCAACGUUCGAACCCCAAUUUCCAGCUCUAACACAUCCCUUGAAUCAACCGGGACAGAUUUUCUCAUCGAAUCUAUACACCACAACAUCCGGAACAUCUUCGCUCAAAAUCUCCUAUCGCAAAUCGGAUAUUGCGUUGACAAAUUGUCAAUGAGACAAACCCCUGCAAGUCUUGUAACUUUUGCUGGUAAAACAUGCACUUAUGCGUUCUUUUUUUGCCCCGGUGUUGCGGACAUUCUUGUGCGACUGUGGACCACCAACCCCGAUACUCUCCGAAGGGUUUUAAGUGGAUUCAACGUGGACAGAAACGCUAAGGCUGACGUUGAAACAUCUGACCACAUCGCGUCGUAUUUCCCAGUAGCGCUGCGAUCCUUAUGCUUCAGGUCUCACGCCGCUACUGUCCGUUGUCUUCGGCGAAAGGCGCCUCCACCUCUGGGUGCGGCCAAUGUUAAUUGGUCAGGUCCAUGGGUUUCCCGUUGGUCAGGGAGAGAUACUGACCUUUUUUUCGUUUUUGCUAAGUAUUUCCACAUCUUGGUUGCGGAACUUUUACCCUCUGGAUGCGAAAGGUCGAAAUAUGUCUUCGUUCCAGGACUUCUUUCUGUUCAUGCGCAGAUAUUGACUGUUAUGGAACAUACUCUCAACAAACAGUCAACUGCUUCAUCUGUGGAUGAUAUUCAUGGAAUAACCUCAACAACAUUUGAAGAUUUCAUCGAUGGCACAGAUGCUUCCGCUUCCGCCAUACCAUUGGGAACUGCAAAUUCGCUGCGUGUCAUGUCCGAAAAUCGUCUCAUUCUACUACUAAAGGACAUUGUCACAGAUCGGUCCCUUGAGUUAUUUAUAAAGCAAAUGUUUGUGGAAAACUUUUGUGCAAUCCUAAAGGUCGCCACCAAGAAACUGUCUCUCUUCGAUCAUAACGCAUGCUUUGUUUUAUUAGAUUUCGUAGAGGAGCUCGUUUCAGUUAUCCCACCAUAUUGCGAAUCAACCCAGCAACCAGACUUACUAGACUGGAAGUUUUGGUUAGAUGUCUGCAAGCGAAUGAUGGAAAGUAACAACUCACUCACAGAAGUGAGGGCUUUCUCUUUCAUUUAUGCUACUUGGAAUGAGAUAAACAAGCUUGAUGAGAGAAAAGAAGCGUUGUGCUUGGGAAUAAUCUUGCACGAAACCUAUUUCUACAGGUACUUUAAUCAUUGGAGCCCGAUGGUACGCGCCUAUUUCCACAGACUGCUAUGCUGGCGGUUGGCCCGGUGUGAAGGGAAACCUUCUGCACAAGACUUUGCUCUGUUGGAUAGGCUCACUGGGAUCUGGAACUACUUCCUUCUCUGCCAAUCAAAGGCUGAGAAGGAUCUCAUCCCGCCGCUAUCGACGGCACCUUGCAGCCCAGCGCCUGGGCGUCGAAUUCUUAUCAUUAGGAAUGACUACCAGCCCUCCUCUUUAUUUGUCUGUUUGGACAACAUCAUCCCGGCAACUUCUUCCAGCCUGCCCUCAGCGUACAAAAGCCAUGGUUCUAUGACAGUCCUCGAGCCCAAUACUUCGUGUUCCGAGUCACCCACCACAUCUGGUAAAAGGAGAUGGAAGGCACUGAAAACUAUAUUCACCGGCUCCUCGAAUGUGAAACCAGGGGAGGUAACUCCAACGAAGAGUACCCAUGAUGAGAGCGAACACGGUGCAAACGACGCCUCAAACUUUGGGGAUGCUGUUUCAUCUGGACAUGGAAACCCACAACCACCGACGAAGAACCAACCAAAAUACACCUUCAGGUUCUCCCUUCAGUGGAACGAUCGUGGUAGAUGGCCCUCCAAGAACAGACGGUUAUUCCCACCUUCCCUACCUCUUCCCGCCCAGCUUUUCCUCCAAUCUCUUCGAUCAAAAGACGCAAAACAAAUUGACUCAGCCGAUGGAUCCUCCAAGUCUCUCUCCGGAUCCAACUCUGACGACAGCUCAGACAGCGAAGGUGCAGAGAUAAACUCCAUCUCCAAGACAACAGCAACAACUACAACCACCGCAGCUUCCAGCCUUACCCAGACCUCUACCAUCGGCCACACUGCUUCCGCUACCACUCUAACUCCCAAUCCAAAGCCUAACCUUUCUGUCUUCACCGCAUUCGAAACGCACCCAGAUUUGGACGGGGAAUUUCAAUACCAAUAUCAAUAUCACCCCCUCGCACCGAGUAAAUAUGCCGGCCGCGCGCUGGCGGAGUGGGCAAUGGUUGUUUGCGAGUGUGACAAUUUCUUCGCACGACGACGUGAUGAGGGAGUUCCGAGCGACGAUGCGGUCGAAAUCCCGAUUCUGGGCGUCGAGAGCUUCCGAAAAUGA